UACUGCUGUUAUACCGUGCAGAAGAAAGUACCGUUAUCUCCCAACAGCGAGGCCUUAGAUUGGUAUUCAUAGUGUGUUCGGGACACAGGUGAACUCACGGUAUGUGCGCGUGCGUGUGUGUGUGUCUGUGAGCAUAUUAGACCGAGGAGCCGCCGCUCUCUGAGGUAAGCAGAUUAAGUUUCCCGUUGAAUCUGUAAUUCCUGGCAGCGACAGCCGACUCCCACAUUUCCGCCAUUCGCAGUAGGCAAUAGCGCGUCUCAUCCGCUUCCAGGCUGCGCGAGGCUGUCACCGGCCUGCGUGUGUGUGGGCGCGUGCGGGCGGAGAGAUUGAGUCGUUCACAUCUUAGCAGAAAUUCUAUCUUCCCGCAAACGCCUGGACGGCAGCCAUGAGCUCUUCCGUCCACUGUUAACCUAUUUUAUUAUUAUUUUAUUUUUUUUUAAACUGUUCAGUGCAGUAACUGUACGAGUCACCACAUUAAGUAUUAAGUCAUCUGAAAGUUAUCGCGAAGUUCCCAGUUAAACCAACCUGAAGUCUCCUCUUGUUUGAUAGGGUUGACGGGCCUGGCGGAAGAUUAAAUCUUAAAGCAAACCACUACCGUGUGUCGUCAUGGCUGAUACGGAGCCCAAUUUCCCUCCUCUGCCCGGGUUUGUUCCUCUGAAGCCCUGUUUCUACCAAAACUUCGAGGAAAUCCCUGAGCAGCACCGCAGCAUGUGCAAGAAAAUGUACAACCUGUGGAUCUUGAACAGUGCCACCCUUGCAGUAAAUUUCAUCGCCUGCUUUGCUUGGAUGUUUGGCGGCGGUGGAGUCACCAACUUUGGGUUAUCCCUCAUCUGGCUCCUGAUGUUCACCCCCUGCUCCUAUGUGUGUUGGUUCAGGCCCAUUUACAAGGCAUUCAAGUCUGACAGCUCCUUCAACUUCAUGCUGUUCUUCUUUGUGUUUAUGGCCCAAGUUGGAAUCAGCAUCAUCCAGAGCAUCGGUAUCCCAGGGUGGGGAGUAUGCGGCUGGUUAGCCACCAUCUCCUUCUUCAGCUAUAACAUUUUCAUUGCUUUAGUCAUGCUCAUCCCCACAAUCAUGUUCACGGCUGUGGCCUCGCUGUCCUUCAUUGCACUCACCAAGAUCCAUAACUUCUAUCGCGGCACUGGGGCGAGCAUGUCCAAAGCUCAGGAGGAGUGGGCUACGGGAGCCUGGAAGAACCCGCACGUCCAGGCGGCGGCCCAGCAGGCCGCCAUGGGGGCAGCUGCCGGAGCCAUGCAGGAUCAAUUCUCCAGCCCGCAGUACAACGACAACCAGAUGUAGCGGCGCCAGGGCGGGAGACGUCAGAAAUUUGAAUGCCAAAAUUUCACUUGGGAACAUCCAAAACCGUUUUACAUCGAAAAUAGAGCGAAGGAAAAGUAGCAGAAAAAGAAAGAGCAGCGAACAUCUUUUGGUAGCUGUUUUUUUCUUUUCUUUCUUCAAAUCUCCAUAAAAGGGCAUUUGUAUUCUUUGAGGUAUUUUUAGAUUUAAUUUUCUUGAAAAUCUAUUUCCUCUUCACUUUGAAGAGAAAAGAAAUAGGUUUAAGUACUGUAAGUGUUGUGAUGACAUAAGAGCCCUGCGCUAAUUUAAAAACCUUUAGCAAUAGAGAUUUAUAUGAACAAAAGUAAAAGUGAAUGUACUUCUCAUGCUUUCUGCAUAUGGAAAGUAUUUUCAUAUGAAUAUGUAAAAAUCAUGUAUCCAUGAUUUAUAGUUUUUAUAGUAUCUAUUGGUUUUAUAGAGAUAUUUUUAGUUUUUGUCACAUUUGGAAUUUACAUGUAAACCAGAGAUACUAAUUUUGUAAACAUGUUUUGACGGGUGUUACUCUAAAAAAACUCAAGCUUGUGGAACAUUUACAUGAUCUUUAACAAUAAUGUUGUUCGGAAAUGCAAAUGGAUGUAUUAUAAUAAAAAAAAUGGA